GUCUGUUCCUGCGUGUUGAAAACAAAUCCAGGCAGCAUGUCGACUGAAAGGGAGUAUGAGGUCAUAGUGAUCGGGGCCGGGGUGCAGGGCUCCUUCACGGCCUAUCAGCUGGCACAGAGGAACAAGAAGACUCUUCUGCUGGAGCAGUUUGUCCUGCCCCACAGCCGAGGUAGCUCCCAUGGCCAGACCCGCAUAAUCCGCAAGGCCUACGAGCAAGACUUCUACAUCCACAUGAUGGAGGAGUGCUACGAGCUAUGGGCCCAGCUGGAGAGGGAGACGGGUGUCAAACUGUACAGACAAACAGGACUUCUGGUGAUGGGACCAGAAAGCAGUCAGAGUUACCUUGCGAUUAAGAACACCCUGCAGAGGAACAAGGUUCCUAUGGUGAUCCUAAACCGGGACAACUUCAGCCAGCAUAUCCCCCAUGUCAACCUGGCUGAGGGAGACGGAGCUGUGGUGGACAUCACUGCUGGAGUUUUGUAUGCUGACCGUGCACUCAAGACUGUCCAGGGGCAGUUUCAGAAGUUGGGUGGGGUCAUAAGAGACAAAGAGAAGGUAACAGACAUCAAGCCUGGCCCUGUUGUGACAGUGUCAACCUCUGCUGGUGUUUAUCGAGCCAACAGUGUGGUGAUCACCGCUGGACCCUGGGCUAACAGACUGCUUGCCCACAUUGGCUUACAGUUGCCACUUGAGGUGGUGAAGAUCAAUGUGUGCUACUGGAGAGAGAAGGUUCCUGGUUCAUACAAUGUGAAGCAGCGCUUUCCUUGCUUCCUGCAGACUGAGGGCGAGGAGUCAAAACAGCAAAUUUACGGCCUCCCAUCCAACGAGUACCCAGGCCUGAUGAAGAUAUGUUACCAUGCGGGUGCUGAGACAGACCCAGACCAGAGGGACAGGCAGACUGACCGGUCUGAUAUUGACAUCCUCCAGCGUUACAUCACCCGCUGUUUACCUGGCCUGGUCCCAGAACCCGCUGUGGUGGAGAGCUGCAUGUAUACGCUAACUCCUGACCAUCAUUUUGUGCUGGACUGCCACCCUCUACCGCAACAUUGUGUUGGAGCAGGAUUCUCAGGUCACGGCUUCAAGUUUGGACCAAUCAUUGGCAAGCUGCUAUGUGAACUCAGCCUGGGAGAUGUGCCCUCCUAUGACCUUUCACCUUUCCAAAUCAGUCGCUUCCAGGCAAAGACCAAAUCGGCUUUAUAGAUUUGGGAGUGGGUUCUCAGAGCAUUAACAGACUUAUCUAAUUGUAACUGAAUGAUUUGAGAUCGUCAUGGUCCUUUACAUGGGCUGAAAUAUAUGCCACCAGAAACUGAAUUUGAAUCAUUUAUAUUUGAAUGAUGUGUAUUUAAAUUUGAAGUCUUUCUGGGCCAGAAGGGUGCAGUUUCACCGUUAACCGCUAAGCCCAUGGUUUCUUUAAGACAUGUCGCUGUUCCUUGGGGCUUGGGCAAGGCAAGCACUUCUUCCUCGUUUCAUAGUGGUUACUGUGCUCCAAAACGUAGGUCCUGUGGAUCUGCGCAACUGAAUUAAUCUGCGCUCAAUUGCUCUCCCUUCAUCCUUCAACUACCCUGAUGUCUGUCACAGUAACUUGAAAUUGAAUUGUGAGAACUGAAUGUGAAGAUAUAUAGAGAGUUGAAUUUUCAGUGAGGAUCAAAUUUUAUUGGACUUCAGUUCCAAACAAAUAAAUUCAAUUUUGAAUUGCACUAUUCAGAUUCCGUUUUUGAAUGCAGUGAUUAAAGUUUAGCAAUUCAAAUAUACAUGAUUCAAAUUCAGUUUCUGGUGGCACAUAUCUACCCCAUACCUUUAGCCCUAGGCUGUUGAAUGCAAUCACUAAAGCACUAAAUUAUUGUUUGAUGGUUUCAAAAAAAAAAGUGAAAUAUGUAAAAAUAAAUGUAUCUUAUAAAAAUAAAACCUACAUUCAUGAUAGGCUUACUGGCCUGUACGGUAGCCAUUCACAGAUACAAGUAAGCUUAAGGAUACACUGUGCCCCAUUUUAACAUUAAAACGUGUGUGUCUGUAUGUAUGUGUAUAUAUAUAUAUAUGUGUAUAUAUAUAUAUAUAUAUAUAUAUAUAUAUACACAGAUAGUAUGCACCACAAAAAGGUAUGUGUAUAGGCUUUUGGCCGCCCUAUACAUUAUUGUUGACCCAGUUUAAUAUGCAACUCAUCUUUAUACAAAAUAUAUAGUUACGGGUCCCGUUUGUAGUUUUUUUUGUUUAUGGGCCGAGGUGCAGUUUGAACUGAUUUGUUUUUUUUCAGUCUGAACAUGUGUCACAGGGAGCACAUUCCCCAAUUUUGGAGUCAUAACAGCUAACAUUUAAGACUUAGAGCGGUACUAGGGCCCCCCUCCUAGUUAGGGAGUAGCAGAGCGGAGUGGAUGGAUGUAGGAUGGGGCUGAGUCAUUCACCAGUGUCUUGAAUCAGAUUCCAGCCUCCACUGGAAGCCAGAGUGGGGAAGGACUGCUGCUAUAAACUUAUAUUCAAAGUAUUUACAUUUGACAACAAAAUGUCCCUAAUUUCGGCCAGAUGUCUUUGUUAUGUUGGCGUGUUUGGACAAUGAGUAACUGCUCAUCAGAUGUCUGCAGGGUGCUCCGUCUGGCGCCCAGUGCCACCCAUGACAAUUGUGAUUGGUUUAAAGAACUGACAAUAAACCAAAGCAUGUUUUUCUCCCAUCCCAAAAUGCUGUGUGGACUAGCCAGAGCCAGGAUUGUGCAGGAAGGUCUGGCAAUGCAAGACUACUAAAGACGACUAAAACUAACUCCAAUUUUGACUGAUUAGAGUAGAUUCUAAAUAAGCCCAUUGCCAAAUGUGAGCUUUGGACUCUGUAAAUUUGUAAAAGAAAUUGCACAGCCAUCCCUCUCAGUGCAUGAAAAGGCUUUGUACGAUAGUGGUGAAACAUGAACAUGUGUGAAGAUGUCAGGCUGUCACCUGAGAGCAGUCUAUUGCUGCUGCAUAUGGAGCUACAUCACUUGCAUACCAAAUAGUUUUGUUCACUGUUUUAAUACUGCACAGUUCACCAUGGUAUGCUUAGUAUGCAGUGCGGUAUGACAUCCAACCAACAUACAAAUUUGCAUUUGAAAUGAAAGAAGAUAAUAAGAAGUCUAGUUGUUUUCCAAAGCAAGAAGAACCUUGUCUAAUGAACUAGUAAUAAACUAAUACUGCCUUGAUUUUGACCAAAUCUAACACCGUUGUGCAAUUGUAAAUUCCCCCAUCUGUGAUAAACGGUAAUAAAAUAUCUAUAAUCUUA